UUUACUAACGUAUGCUUACUCUCAACGAAGCCAGGGAUUCGAUUGCAUUCAUCUACACUCAUCGCCAAAAAACUUCAAACUUUCGCCCUUGAGAUUUCUACUUUCCUUCUAAAAGAUCUAGCCCUAAAUCAUGUACAUGGGAUACAACUUCAUUUCUGACAUUUGUAGUACGAUAUUGAUAUCAUUUCUAAACAAUUCAUUCAAAAAAUGAGAAAAAUGUUAUGAAAAGACGGGAAAAACUUGCCACCGUGUUUACGUCGCCAUCUUGAUUUCAUUGUCUUUAGCUUGGCUAAAGAAGGCAAAUCGCGCAAUUUGCAAGUCACCCUGUGACAAGCCUUGUUGCCAUCUCUGUGUGCAUUCGUGUGUUAGCGAGGGUGCUGACUUUCUGCAAAUGCACCACCCCGUAUAUUGUCGCCUAUGAGGUUAAAUACUGGCCGAGUGGUUGCAACUGGCUAAGUUACAAGCAACAAUUAGUUGUGACAAUUAUCAUUAUUUUGCAAUUGCUCCCAAAAGAGGAAGAAAUUGAGAAGCAAUUACGACUUAUUCGGCAAAACAGUACACCAAGAAAUGCCAAGGAAGACUCAAAAGGAACCGGGUUGAGAAGGAGAGCUGAGCCCUGGCCAAGAGGGGUCAGUUUCAAACAGAACAGGACAUGGCAACAGGAGUACAAUCAAUAUAAACUUAUGGUGUGGAUAUAUAGUGAUUCCCAGCUCAGACCGAUAGUUCAAGGAAGACCAGUAUAUUUGGACGGUCAUCUUCAGUUCGGCAUUAACUGCACGCCCGGUGGAACCUGUUGGCACGUGCAGCAAGAACUCCUGUCCUUUAUUCCUGAUCACGACCCGGAUGUGGUUGUGUUGGCUGUAGGGACAAACAAUAUUCAUAACAAGAAACACAGGGGUCACUUUGAGAGGGCGCUGUCUGGAGAUUGCGAGAUGUUUAGAAGUCUCCUCCGAUCAGCGGUGCAAAGGUACCCAAGUGCGGAGAUCGUUGCCACAAGCAUCCUACCUCGUCUGGACUCAUUUGGAGACUACGUUGGUCUCUACAACGGCGGCUUUGCCUUGAUAUGCGAAGCAGAAGGUGUAACAUGGAUCGACCUGACGUCCGAUUUUCCAGAAGAUACGACUUUCCUGUGGGCACAAGACGGUCUGCACCUAAGUGAAUGCUCUGGUCUACCUCUCUAUAUUCAGAUACUCAAUGAUGAGCUACACAGAGUGUUGUUUGAGAGAAAUUCCAAGCCAUCAGGCAGGCGUGCAAGGAAAAGGGCAGCAAAGAAAGCAGACAAGCAGAGUGCCUUACAGCGACUGGCCAAGGGACCCAAGAGGGCGCCACUGGUCAAGAUGGAGGACUCGGACGCCAGUGACGACUUUGAUGACAUCAGCGACAUGGAAGAAGACCAGGACCUUGACAUCAAGUCCAAGAAAAUUCCCGGAACCAAAGGAAAAGCGACGAAGCCAAAAAUUGAAAGCGAAGAUGAUGAUUUUGAAGAUGAGGAAGAUGAUUUUGAUGAUGAUGAGGAGGAUGAAGAUUAUGAGGAGGAGGGGGAAGAGGAAGAGGAACUGGUUAGAAAGACAAGCAAAAAGAAACUGAAAGUGAUGGAAGAUAAUGGAAGGACUAAGGCUCGUAAGGAAGACUCCAAGAAAUCAAAACAGAUGUUGGAUGAGGAGGAGGAUGAGGACGAGGAAGAGGAUAGUGAUUAUGAAUUCGAUGAUGAGGAUGAUGAUGAUGACAAUGAUGAUAGUGAUUUGAAGGAGGGGGAAGAAGAAGAUGAUGAGGAGGAUUCUGAUGAAUAUUCCGAUGAAGAUGAGGAGAUCGAGAUCAAGAAGGUGGACAAGAAAAAAGGGUCGAAGAAGGGUUUCACUGAUCAGAACCAAGACUGGCUCACACUAACCAAGAAAUCUAAGCUUCCUAUGGGGUCGUCAGAUGAAGAUGAUGAUGACGAGGAGGAUGGUGAGGGUGAGGAAGAUGAGGACAGCGAGGAGGAGGAGGACGAGUUGCUCGAUGAUGAUUUUGGUGGUUCUGAUUCUGAUGAUGACAGCGAUGGCGACGACGAUGACGGGGGUGAUGAGGGAGAAGAUGACAUGCUCCCGAUUGAGAAGGCAUCAAAGAAGCUAGAUAAGAAGAUCAAAAGAGACAAGAAACUUGCUUAUGAUGAGAGUCAGAUUGGCUUAUCACAAUUCGAAACAUUUCAACUUCCAACUGGAGAAGAGAUGGAGAAGGAAGCGUCCCAGCCGACUGAUCUAACUCAAGUCCAUCACAGGAUCAAAGAAGUCAUGGAUGUAUUGAAUGAUUUCAAAAACAGGAGAGAAGAAGGGAGGCCUCGUCAGGAGUAUGUGACCCUGUUACGACAUGACCUGAUGACCUAUUAUAGUUACAACGAGUUCCUUAUCACCAAGAUCAUGGAUCUCUUUCCUCUUUCAGAGCUGAUAGAGUUCCUUGAAGCCAAUGAAGUAGCAAGACCUGUUACUAUCAGAACCAACUCACUCAAAACCAGAAGAAGAGACUUAGCCCAGGCUUUGAUUAACCGAGGGGUGAACCUAGAUCCCAUCGGUAAAUGGACCAAGGUUGGACUUGUUAUAUAUGACUCAUCUGUUCCUGUUGGUGCUACACCCGAAUACCUCACCGGUCACUAUGUCCUACAAGGAGCGUCCAGUUUCUUACCGGUCAUGGCCCUAGCCCCUCAGGAGGGUGAGAAGAUCCUUGACAUGUGUGCCUCACCAGGCAGCAAGACAACGUAUAUAGCUGCACUGAUGAAAAACACAGGCAUGCUCUUUGCUAACGAUGCUAACAAGAAACGAGUUAACGCCCUCGUUGGCAACCUUCAUAGAUGCGGCAUCACUAACACCGUUAUCAGCAACGAAGAUGGAAAGUCAUUCCCUAAGGUCAUGGGAGGUUUUGACCGAGUGCUUUUGGAUGCCCCCUGCAGCGGUACGGGGGUCAUCGCCAAGGAUACGGCCGUCAAGCUGAGUAAAGAUGAAACGGACAUCCAGCGGUGUUCACAUCUCCAGAAAGAGCUCAUCCUCGCCGCCAUUGAUUCUAUCGACGCUAACUCAAAGACCGGGGGAUACCUUGUGUAUUCUACCUGCUCUAUUAUGGUUGAAGAGAACGAAUGGGUGGUUGACUAUGCCCUGAAGAAACGCAACGUGAAACUGGUACCGACAGGAAUUGAAUUUGGUCAGGAUGGAUUUUCAAGGUUCAAGGCGAGGCAUUUCCACCCAUCUCUGAAGCUGACGAGGCGUAUCUAUCCCCACACUCACAACAUGGAUGGCUUCUACAUCGCUAAGCUCAAGAAAGUAUCCAACAAAAUACCAGAUUCUGAAAAGAAAGGAGCUAGGUCAAUAGAUGAAAAGGAUGACAAGGAAUCGGUAGAGAUGAAGAAAGAGGAGGAAGAAAUUACCAUGGAAACACCUCCAAAAUCAGGAAAAGGAAGGAAGAUGAAGGGAUCCGCAAAGAAAGAGAAUGGAAAGAUGAAUCACGGACAGAAGAAGGGGGAAGAAGGGAAGGAACAAGGAGAGAAUAGAAAAGGAAAGAAGAGGACUAUGUCACCUGCCGCUGAAAAGAGGAAUAAGAAAAGGAAAGGCGGAAAGUCAGCACCAUCUCCCGUUGUUCAAUCAAAAGAAACAGUGAGCCUCAAAGACACACAGUCACCAAGUGGGAAGAAAGUAAGAAAGCAAGAGAAAGACAGUGAAAAUGAAAAGAUGAAGGGAACGGAUGAUGGUACGCCAGGAGGAAAGAUGAAGAAAGUUUCUAUGAUGAAGAAAAAGAAGAUGAAGGCAUCGCCAAAGGGAGGUGUUCCAAGGCCAAAGAGCUUUGGAGGAAAAGGAGGUAAUAUGGCAACCUUCAAGAAAGAGAAGAAAAAGAAGAGACAUUCAGCUGGGUCUGCAGACUGAGAACUAUAGACUUAAACACUUCUAAUGAUGAACUUUUUAUCCUCUGGCAUCAGGGAUUUUAAUAUAACACAAGACUCUUCAGACAAAACAUUUGUACUUGUUUGUCUGAUAAACUGCAAGAUAAAAUUAUUUUCCUGAUAUUUUUAUGAUCAUAUUGUUGACUGAGAUCUGGAUUGACUAUAGACCAUGCCUCUCAUUUUCUUAUUUUUUUUUUUAACGAGUAUUUUCCAUCUAUCAUGAUUUGUGACAAUUUUUACAUUUCAUUGUGAUGAAAACAAAUUCUUUACCAUCAACAGAGCUGCCAACUAGUAGUACUGACUUUCAAUAUUUAGUACGGACAAGUGAGAAUACUGAUGGUUUUAUGCUUAAUAAUGAUGUCUAAAGUUUGAGUUUUAUGUGUUGUCCCAUAUUUCUUUGAAAUACUGAUUUCAUCAACAAAAUACUGAUUUUCAGCUUUUGAAAAUUCAAAUAUUCCUGUUCAAGUUGGCAGCUCUACAAUAAAUUGAUCCACUUUUUAAACUUUAUUUUUAUGAUCAUGCAUGUAGUGCCUUUUGAGACUUGAAUAGAUAAUCACAAGUUUAUGUCGCUCUCGCUCUCAGCGUUCCUUUUGAAAUAUUUAUGAUUUUACAUUUUUGUAGCAAUAAAUGCACUCCUAAUAUUUGAAUGGAGAAUUGGCACCAUCUUACAUGUAUGUAGCAUCAGAAACGGAGACAUGUUGUCACUAAGGUGUUAAGACCUUGUAUCUCCAAAAAAAAAUGAGUGCAACUUGGAAAAGCAAUAUUUUAGAAAUGUGGAGUUGGUGACAACCACAGAAACUGAUAGGAGUCUCCUCAUUCCUGUUCAGAUCUUCUUCUUCUUCUUAUUCUUCCUCCGCUUUUUUCGGAGAUCAGCACCAAGAUGCAGUAAGGCGUAAUCCAUUCGUCCAUCCAGUACAUUGCAUUUGAAGGUUAAUUUACAUAAUCAAUUCAUUGAGGACAGGAAAGAGAUACGUUUCAUAUGAAUUUUAUAUAAAAAUAGCAGAGUAUCUGUUACAAGCUGACAGCAAACUGAAGGAGGAAGAUUAAGAGAGCUUGGUAAAAGUACCACUCUACUAUAAUGGUUGUUCUUGAAGGGGUCAUAUAGACAUAAUAUUUCAUCUUGCAUAUGCCUUCUUUUUAGUUUUGCAAGAAGGUCUUCCCUGUGAGAUAGUAAAUAGUCACAGGAUCCAACAAAAUGAUCUGCAUCUUCAUCUUCCUUGUUACAAAGCUGAUCACUUCCUAGGCAAAAGGAGGUUGUUACUUUGAUUAUAAUUCUAAAAUUAAGUUUUUUCUGAGCCAUCCUUAAUGAUAUGUUUUCAAGUUUGAGAUAUGAAGUUUUGACAUCUCAGCAAUGAUCUGUAAUUUAUGAACAGCUUAUGAAGCGGAUCCUAAGAGUGUAAAUGAGGGGCAAAAAAUCAUGGAAAGGGUUUAUGCUUACAUUGAACUCCUUUUUACACUCUGGUGAGUUGGAUUGAGGUUGGGGAUAUUGUCUGUAUUUUAUGGCAUUUUAAGGUAGAAUUCUUGCCUAAAACACAUCAAAGUUAACUUUUUUUACAUGAGAGGCAGGCAAAACUUUUUUUUUUUUUGGGGGGGGGGGUGGGGGCUACUUUUCACAUCCUACUGACUAAAUCUAUAACAUUGGAUAAACUUUAACAUCAAAGUACAUGGGUAUUAUCCAGGUCUCUUUAUGUUAUUUUUUAGGGCUAUUAUGAGCAUUUCUUUGGUGAUUUUGCCCCAAGCCCCUGAGUUAUUUCUUUCCUGAUGAGAGUGAAUAUACAUGUAGUAUCAUGGAUGCAUUACCACAUUUUUAUUGAGUUUCAAUGUCACAAUAUUUUUAUAUUGUGACAUUGAAAUAUGACAUACCCUACAUCCCUUGUAGCAAUAUGAUAGAAGCUAUGGAUAUUGUUUUUCCUGUGAAAUUUGUUAACUAUGCCAAUGUUUUGGUGUUCCGAUUAAAUUGUACUGUUCGGCAUUACAAGAUGUGAAGAAAUUUUCAUAAAUGGUGUACCAAUUAAAUCGUACUGUUUGGUAUUAUAAGAUGUGAAGAGAUUAUCUUAAAUAUUCAUUAAAUUUUGAAAAAAAUAGAA